GAUGCUGUAGCAAUCGAUUGUUAUUCUGAGUGAAGGACCUUGCAAACGCUAAUAAGGGACUAUCAUGGGCACUCUUGCAUUUCUGAAGACCCAGUUUAUAGUUCACCUCCUGAUCGGAUUUGUCUUUGUUGUGAGUGGCUUCAUCAUUAACUUCAUCCAACUAUGCACGUUAAUCCUCUGGCCUAUAAACAAGCAGUUUUAUCGACAAGUAAACUGUCGCCUUUCCUAUUCAUUGUGGAGCCAGUUAGUGAUGUUGCUGGAAUGGUGGUCUGGAACAGAAUGCACUUUAUUCACAGACCAGGCCACAAUUGAUAAGUUUGGAAAAGAACAUGUCAUCAUCAUUCUCAACCACAACUUUGAAAUAGAUUUUCUGUGUGGCUGGACCAUGACAGAACGGUUUGGUGUGUUAGGGAGUUCAAAAGUUCUUGCAAAGAAAGAACUAUUGUUUCUGCCCAUAAUUGGCUGGACAUGGUACUUCUUAGAGAUCGUAUUUUGCAAAAGAAAAUGGGAAGAAGAUAGAGACACUGUUGUUGAAGGGUUAAAACGACUAGCCGAUUAUCCCGAGUAUAUGUGGUUUCUAUUAUACUGUGAAGGAACUCGAUUUACAGAAACGAAGCAUCGUAUCAGUAUGGAAGUGGCUGAAUCCAAAGGAUUGCCUAAACUCAAGUAUCACUUGUUGCCCAGAACCAAAGGUUUUACGACUGCUGUCCAAUGUCUCAGGGGAACAGUUUCAGCAGUGUAUGAUGUAACAUUAAACUUCAGAGAAAACAAAAACCCAUCUUUAUUAGGAAUCCUUUAUGGAAAGAAAUAUGAAGCAGAUAUGUGUGUCAGGAGGUUUCCUUUAGAAGAUAUCCCUUUGGAUGAAAAAGAAGCAGCAAAGUGGCUUCAUACACUUUAUCAGGAAAAGGAUGCCUUACAAGAGAAGUAUAAUCAAGAAGGCUUAUUUCCUGGGCAACAAUUUAAACCUCCCAGAAGACCAUGGACUCUCCUCAACUUUCUCUUCUGGGCUGCUGUUCUUCUCUCUCCUCUUUUCAAAUUUGGUUUUGGAAUUUUUGCAAGUGGAUCCCCUCUUCUGAUUCUUGCAUUCCUCUGCUUUGUUGGGGCAGUAUCCUUUGGAGGCCGCAGACUGAUAGGAAUAACGGAAAUAGAAAAGGGCUCCAGCUAUGGCAACCAAGAAUUCAAGAAAAAGAAAUAA